AUGCAGUCUUCGGCUCUUUUCAAAAUAUCUCACCUAUCCACCCAGGAGAACCACGCCGCGAACGCCGACCUGUCUGAUGUGGCUCCAGAGGCAAUCUUAGUACACUGUUCUAAAGGUGUAUCACGCUCUCUAACUGCUAUUGCUGCGUAUCUCAUGCGCAAGUUUGUAUUACCACUGGAAGAUGAAUUGAACUUUCUUCGAACUAAGCGAAACAUCAAGCCAAGCGCGAACUCCACUCGCCAACAUGAGAUUUGGGAGGAGAUCAACUACAAGUUGUGGGAGGACGACGAAAAGCGCAACCCGAAAAUGCCAUACGAAAUAUUCCUUCAAGAUCGAGAUAUCUUACUGAAGAGGAACCGUCUCCAGGCGAUGUGCUGA